AUGGUAAAGUACUUCGCACGUGGCACAGCGCUGUUCCUCUGCGCAGCUCAUCGCUUAGGAAUGUUUUUCGAUGCCGGAUACAUCUGGUUCCUAUCUCCUUGGCUUCAAGUGCAGUGGUGGGAAGAUCUUUUCCAGCCGCGGCCGUCUUCCGGCCCUCCUGAUAUGGACUGCACUGGGGAGCAACUGGCGAGCAUGACUCAGUUUGCCUUUGCACUCGGCCUUGGUCUUGCUUCUGGCUACUUAUCGCAAACGAAUGAUCUCAUCCUAGGCGCGAUCUCCGAGAGUGGACCUCAUUUCCGAGGCAAUUCAAGCGGACUUGUCCUUGGUGCUUCUGGAGCUGCUAGUAGCUUCGCAGAAACCCAGUUUAUCCCUCCAUUGUCUUUUUCUCUAGCGUCCAAUUUAUCCCCCUCUGCAACUCCGGAUUAUCCUUCCGUCGCUCCCACCGCUUCAUCAUCUGUCUCAUCCUCUUCUUCGGAUGCUGGCUCUGUUGACAUGUACAAAUGGUAUACAUACGAAGCAAUUGUUAUCCUGGGUCAGGCACUAAAGGAUAUGCUGCUCGAUAAUCCUAGUGCUGUCUCCAUUCUGCACACUGUAAACGGGUCGAAUGUGUUGCGCGACUACGUUUCCCGCGUCCGUUUAGAUAUGAAGACCGGUACAGCAAGUGGCGACCCGACAUCUGGCGAAUGGUUGCCAACUAGCUCUAUCUCUUCAACAUCAAUCCUUCGGCCUUUGGCUGAUGAGGCCGUUGAGGACAUUUUUGGCCCCCACGAAGCAAGGCUACGAGUCCGACGUUCUCAAGCGGACUCUGGAGAUAUUGGUGUCCUGCCUACGGCUAGUCUGCGUUCUGCUAUACAACACCAGCAGCAACAGCUAUUAACGGAAGUGGGUAUCCCGAGUGAUGUAGACCUAUUGCGCUUUAAUUCUGAAAAUGAGCGUGACGCCUCUAUUUGGGUGCUGCGCCAAUACGACGUCAAUUCCACUCUGCCCAUUUUCGUCUGGGUAGCUAACAACACCCUGCCGAUGUCUAGUGGUAAUCAUUCUCGUUCAGGUUAUGAGGAGUUCAUGGCCACUGUGACUCGCAAAGAAAUGGAGCGCGUGCAUUGGUCUAAUUCAACUAACGGCAGACCACCUAGCGAUGGCUCUGCGGUUGCUGAACGAGCUUGCGUUUUCGGCUUCUUGACAAAACCAUUUGGUCUGUCCUGCGUCAACGCCUCGGUUCUUGCAUCCAUUGCCAUCCUCCUGAUACUCAUGACCCCUCUAGUCCUAUGCUUUGCCAUUCACUACAAACGAAAGCUGCGCGAAGCUGAAAAUAGAACCAAGAAGCCCUAUGAGGAGCUGUGUGCAGAAUUGGCUGAUUUGGAUGUAGGUCACAUAUAUUAUGCAUUCGUUUUUCACACUUCUAUCUUUCCCAGAGUCGAUCGGACUCGUAACUAA